CCAUGACAGAGGUCCAUUCAAUUUUCGUUUUCGCUAAAUUCUUGCAUAUCCCCCUUUCUCUCUAUAGAGGUUUCUUACUCUUUGUUCCUUAUUAUUUAGAGCUCCGUAAUAAGGAAUUCGGAGAUGGGUACUCCCAGCCUCGGUGCUGACGCACUCAUUGAUCAAGCUGAAUCCUUUAAGACAUUUCUUGGUCUCAGCCAGCCCGACCCGGGAGACAAGUUCUUCCUUGUUAUGGGUCUGACAGGAGCUGGCAAGAGUACAUUCGUCUCAAACUGUACAGGCCAUGCUGUGACUAUAGGCCAUGGGCUUUACUCAUGUACUAACUCAAUCAGCGCUUUUCAGUACACCAAACACGGUCAACGUAUCUUCCUCAUAGAUACUCCUGGGUUUAAUGACACCAGUCGCUCUGAUAUUGAAACCCUGGAGAUAUUGGCAACCUAUCUCGGUGCGUCGUACGCAAACGGCGUGCGGAUCCACGGUAUCAUAACACUAUAUCCGAUCACGAAUAACCGUAUGGCUGGAUCAAAUUUAAGGAGCAUUAGAAUCCUGAAGGAGAUUUGCGGAUUUGCUUCCUAUAGUAAUCUCGCCAUUGUUACAACCAUGUGGCCAAAGUCUCAAGAUUCCACCAACAAGAGCAUUCUCGAAGACCGAGAACUUGAGCUGUUGACAAACUCCGAGUUUCUCAGUAACCUUGUCAGUAAAGGAGCAAGAGUGUUUCGAGAUUACGACGAGAAUUAUAGCCCGGCAGACUCGCUACAGCGUAUCAUGGAUAGCCUACUAAGGCAACUGGAUCACGGCAAGCCUAGUGUACUCCAAUUACAGCGAGAGGUUGUGGACGAGCACAAAAGUCUUGGAGAAACCGCCGCAGGAAAAGCAGCCGCUGAACACUUGCAUCAAACUUGCCGGGAACAUGAGAAGCAGCUAAGGAUACUGGAUGUCGAGUUAGACAGAACGUCUUUGACCUCACAGCAUGAGUAUUCUCUCCAACUGCGAGAGCUGAAGGCUGAGGUAGAUAGAGAGAUCGAGGAAACGAAGCGCGGCGGUCAGGCUUUGAUCAAGACGAUGAUAGAUCUACACGAAAGCGAGACAAAAGCGCUGAAGGAGCGGGUUUCCAGCCUUCAGAGCCAAUACGACGCUGAAGUUCAAAACAAGGAGAUGAUCUUACAAGACGUGCAAGAGUCUUGUGCUGCCCUUCAGAAGGAGAUAGCUCGCCUGGCAAAUAGUCCGCAACAGCAACAAAUUGUUGCAAGACAGACAAAAAGUCACCAGAAGGCUCUAUCAAAGGCUGAAAAGGAUGCUGAAAAGAUUCGCAGAGACCGUCAGAAGGUUCAAGCGUACACGAAGGAGAUUAUUGGCGGUGUUAUGAAUGGAAUCGCUGCAAGUGCAGUUGCUGGCGUUAUGGGUGGCCUUAUGUGUACUGUGAUGUAGGUUUGCCUGGCUAGGGCAAACUAUCCUGGGACUACUUAAGAGACGCAAUAGACGCCCACUUUAUAUUGAGAACGCCAAUGCGUUUUUUCGGAUAUGCCUAAUCCAUCUGCCACAGUAUUCAGACUCAGAAAUCUGCAUAGAAAAUAAACUUGGCAAUACUAGAACUCCUUUAUCCACAA